GCGGCCCGCAGGUCCCAUCCCAUGGCGGCGGCCUGGAAGUGGCCGCGGAAGUUGGCGGCUGUCGCUGCGGCGCUGCCCGGCGGGGGUGGCUCGGGACGGGCACCGGGACGGGCACCGGGACCGGGUCCUGCCGCGGAACCGGCCCCGGAGCCGGUCCCAGAACCGGCCGGCCCCGCCACGGCCGCGCUCUACGUGCACUGGCCCUACUGCCGCAAGCGCUGCUCCUACUGCAACUUCAACACGUACGUGGUGCCCUCGGUGGAUGAGGCGGCUGUGCGCGCCCGCCUGGUGCGGGAAGCACAGACCCUGCUCCGCCUCAGCCAGGUGCACAGCGUCAGCUCCGUCUUCUUCGGCGGGGGCACCCCCAGCCUGGCCAGCCCUGGCACUGUUGCGGCAGUGUUGGAGGCCGUGGCGGUGGCUGCCCACCUUCCUGCUGGUGCCGAAGUCACGCUGGAGGCCAACCCCAGCUCCACCAGCACAUCGCGCCUCGCCGGCUUCAGGGCAGCCGGGGUCAACCGCCUCUCAAUCGGCGUCCAGUCUCUGGAUGACUCCGAGCUGAGGAUGCUGGGCCGGGAGCACACAGCGGCAGAGGCAUGGAAGGCUGUGGAAGCAGCACGGGGGCUCUUCCCUGGCCGAACCUCCAUUGACCUCCUGUUUGGGCUGCCGGGACAGAGCCGGGAUGCCUGGGCGCAGCGGCUGGAGGCGGCGCUGGGGCUCUGUGACAACCACAUCUCCCUGUACCAGCUGACGCUGGAGCCGGGCACGGCGCUGGCAGCACAGGUCCGGCGGGGAGCCCUGCCCGCACCGCCGCAGGACGUGCUGGCUGACAUGUACCAGACCGCCCGCACUGUGCUGGCGGCCGCUGGCUUCCGCCACUACGAGGUCUCCAAUUUUGCACGGAAGGGCGCCCUCAGCACCCACAACCUCUCAUACUGGCGGGCUGACCAGUACAUCGGUGUGGGGCCAGGGGCGCAUGGGCGCUUUGUGCCGCGGGGUGAGGGCGGCCGCAGCCGGGAAGCCCGUGUCCAGACUCUGGAGCCUGUCGCCUGGAUGCGGGAGGUGCACAGCCAGGGACACGGCACCAGGAGUCGGGCGGUGCUGAGCCCGCUGGAGCAGCUGGAGGAGCUGUUCACCCUGGGACUGCGCACGGAUGAAGGCGUCACACACGAGCGCUGGGGGCACUUCUCCCCCCAGCUCAGCCUGCAGGCCGUGUUCGGGGCGCCGGGGGAGGCUCGGGCACUGCAGCAGCAGGGCUGGCUCGUCCUGGACAGCGGUGGCCUGCGGUGCACCUGGGCCGGCCUGGCCGUGCUGGACUCGCUGCUGCCCGACCUGCUCUGGCAGCUGCAGCGGGUGCUGGGCGCUGCCCGGCGCCCACCGAGGGGGACCCCGGCGGGGGACCGAGCCGGUGGCCGGGACGCGAGGGCUGUAAGCGACCACAAUGGAUAAUAAACCACAGGAGCAGUG